ACUGCGCAGGGGGAUGUCCUGUCAAGAAACACAGGUCUGCAAGUCCAUGGAUAAAGUGCGGUAGUUGUGGCUGGCCAGCGGUGCUGCUGCUGCAUGAAACACCGGCCGGUGUGUUGACUCCAACAGAGACUGUCGCAUUUGCUGUCACUUUUCAACGAAUUAGUAAUCAUAGUGAUUUUACUGGACUAAAGUUGAUUUGGCCUGGACGCAUAAGAGUACAGAAAAUGAGCACCGCGGUGUAUGUUUUAUCCACGGUUACCGGGUACAUGCUCACCUCCGUAUUACUGCUGAAGUGUCCGUCUCUACUGCACCGGAGAAAAAGAGAAGCCUUCCGGAGCAGACACAUCUCACACCGCGGCGGUGCUGGUGAGAACUUGGAGAACACAAUGGCGGCCUUCAGGCACGCCAUUCAACUGGGCACAGACAUGUUGGAAUUGGACUGUCAUUUGACCAAGGAUGAGCAGGUGGUGGUACUGCAUGAUUCCAACCUGAAGAGGUCGACUGGCAUUAACUCGUACAUCUCUGACGUGGCCUACGCGGAUCUUCCACCUUACUUUUGUAAGCUUGGAGUGAGUUUCAAGCGAGAGUGCUUCUGUGAAGGUGGUGAUGACAAACGCAUCCCUCUGCUGAGAGACGUGUUUGAAGCUUUCCCAAACACCCCUGUAAACAUUGACAUUAAGGUCAACAAUGACACCCUCAUCAAGAAGGUGUCCGAGCUAGUCAUCGAACACGACAGGGAGCAUCUGACUGUCUGGGGUAACUCCAGCAAUGAAAUCGUAAAGAAAUGUUACAAAGAGAAUCCACGAAUCCCAAUGUUGUUCAGCGUGCACAGAGUGCUGCUGUUAUUGGGGCUUUUCUACACAGGGCUUCUGCCUUUUGUCCCGCUCAAAGAGCAGUUCCUUGAGAUCCCCAUGCCUUCCAUCAUUUCUAAAAUCAGAGACCCUGAUCGUCAGACACUGAGUCAACAGUUCAUAACCUGGUUGGCAGACACGCUUCUCAUGAGAAAAGCUCUAUUUGAUCAUCUGACAGGCAGAGGAAUACAGGUGUAUGUCUGGGUGUUGAAUGACGAGGAGGACUUUAAACGUGCCUUUGACCUUGGGGCCACAGGGAUUAUGACAGACUAUCCCACCAAGCUGAAGGAGUUCAUGGAGGAAAACAACACCAACCAUAAAUAAGACAUGUUGGUUGAAGUAAAUAAUAUGCUUUUCCACUGAUCUUUGGCCUAUUUGGUUUGGAAAAGACCCUUAAAGGAAUAGUUCACCCAAAAAUGAAAAUUCACUCAUAAUUUCUUCACCCUCAUGCCAUCCCAGAUUUGAAUGAGUUUCUUUCUUCUGCAGAACA